AGCUGUGGAGACGAGGGUCAUUUCGCGCGCGACUGCCCAGAGCCACGCAAGGAUGGUGGCGGCCUGACCGGCGAGUGCUUCAACUGCGGAGAGGUUGGCCACAACAAAGCCGACUGCACCAACCCACGCGUCGAGCGUGAGUUCACCGGUACCUGCAACGGUUGCGGCGCGCAAGGUCACCGCAAGGCCGAGUGUCCAGUGGCCCCUCCGCGUCGCUGCAAAGUCUGUCAUCAGGAUGGGCAUGUCACUAGUGAGUGCAGUGCCAACCGGAUGCACGAGAUGUUCAAGGCGUUGGGUAUUCAGGACAUCUCUCCAGAGGAGGCGUGGGCCGCUCUCGAGGCUGCUGAUAAGGAGAAGGAUGUCGAUGACAUCAAGAACGCGAUCUUCGCCUACACCAAGGCAUAUCCGGCUCUCACUUUCGAAGAUCUGGAGCAGACUUUCCGUGACGCUAGCAUGAACACCUUCAUCAUCGCGAAGGAGCAGACAAUCGCCGACACCCAUACGAUUGUCAAUCUGCAGGGCAAAUCCGGGAUGAAAUAUGUCGUCUCCUAUCAAUUCUCAGACAAGCCAAAGCGCGCCAAGUUCGCUGAGGGCUGGCCAGCUUCCAAGGAGGAUAACCGCAUUCGUCUUGCUGAGGCUGGUGUCGUGAUGGAUGGUCUGGUUCCGAAAUGUUCCAACUGCCAACAGCUAGGCCAUAUCGCCAAGAAUUGCGAGCAAGAGAAGCAGGAGCCUGCUGGAAAGGUUGUGAUCACGUGUGCCGUGUGCAACGCGGAAGGCCAUCGUGCUCGCGAUUGCACGCAGGAGCGCAAGUCUGACAAGCGCGGUUGUAAGAAUUGCGGCUCGGAGGAUCACAUGGUCAAGGAGUGCCCAACCAAGGCCCCAGAUGUUUGCCGCAACUGUGGCGAGGAGGGUCAUCGUAAGACCGAGUGCACGAACGAGCGCCAGAUGCAGUGCCGUAACUGCGACAAGUGGGGCCAUGCCAGCCGUGAUUGUCCAGAGCCCAAGAACAUGGACAAGGUCCAGUGCCGCAACUGCGACGAGUUUGGUCACAACAGCCGCGACUGCCCACAGCCGACCGAUUGGUCCCGCGUGGAGUGCAGCAACUGCCACGAGAAGGGCCACACUUACAAGCGCUGCACCAAGCCUGCUGGCAAGGAGGACUCUGGUGCUGGCGGCGAUGGUGGUUGGGGUGGAGAUGAUGCCGGCGCUUCUAGCGGUGGCAAUGGCGGUGGCUGGGAGCAGAACGCUGCUCCAGCUGCUUCCUCUGGUGGUUGGUAG